AUGACAAUUAAUAUUCGAUAUUUACUUCGACCUUUUUAUAUGGCAUUUAUAUCGCAAGAAAUGAAAAAAGUUUUUAAUAGUUUACGAAAAUCAUUUUUACAAAUUCUUAGUGUAACACUUCUUCUUGCAAUUCAUAUUUAUUUUUUUUCUGUUAUUGGAAUGAUUUUAUUUCCACCUGCGAAGUUAAACCAUUCAACAGAUGAUCGAAUCGAUGAAGGAACAAAAUAUUUUCCAGAUUUUCCUGAUGCAUUAAUUAAUUUAAUUGUUCUUUUAACAACUGCAAAUAAUCCAGAUGUAACAUUACCAGCUUAUUCAAAAAAUCGAUUAUAUAUCAUUUAUUUUGCUAUUUUUCUUACUAUUGGUCUUUAUUGUUUAAUGACAUUAUUUACUGUUAUUAAAAUGAAUACAUUUAAAGAAUUUUUUACUACAUCAAUGCAAAAUUCUUUAUUUCGUCGUCGUUUAGCAAUUCGUGCUUGUUUUGAUGUAUUACUUGAAAGUGAAGUUGCUCCAUCAUCACGAACAACAGAUGAUAUAACAAGUUCACUUGUUACUCGUCAAUCAUCCCGAUUAACAAUUCCUAUGUUAGUAGUAACACGUGUUAUAUCUGGUACAAAUUUACCUGAACUUCAUAGACGUGCAUUACUUGAUAUAUUAACACGUAAUAAUCAACAAAAUAGUCAAGUUACUUGGGAUAUGUUUUCAACAGCUAUGUUAUCACUUGAUGCUGAUCAUCCAAAACAGGUUGUUGAACAUCAUGAAUAUUCUGGUAUAUGGACAUUAGUACAACUUAUUGGUGCUUCGAAAUAUUUAACAUGGUUUGGAAAUGCAAUUGGUUUAAUUAAUUUUAUUAUUUUAGUUAUUGAAGGUGGUCUUCGAUAUCAUCCAAAAUUCGAUACAAUUGAUACCAUUUUAUCGAAUAUUUUAUUUUCAUUUUGUAUUUAUUAUUUUCUUGAAACAAUUCUUAAACUUUGGUCUCUUCGUCCAAAAAUAUUUUUUAAAUAUGUAUUCAAUACAUUUGAUACUAUCUUAGCUCUUUCUUUAUUGGUUCUUCAUAUAGUUCAUUGGUCAAUUUAUGGAGCAUUAAGUAUUACACAAUUUGACCGAGAUAAUGAUGAUCGUGGGACAGCAAGAUCACUUUGGGCAAUAACACGUAUUAUCAAUUUAUUUGUUGUUUUUCGAAUAAUUCGUUCAAUGCCUCAUUUUACUAAUUAUGGAAUUAUUAUGGGAACAAUUAGUGAUGGAAUGAGAAAUUUAAAAGCAUUUAUUGGAAUUCUUAUUUGUUUGUUUUAUGGAUAUGCUGUGUUAGGCAUGUGGCUUUUUCGUGGAGUUAUUAAAGUACCACCAGGAUACGAUUCAAAAAAUGCAACAUGUGGAUCAUAUCAACAAAGCAAUUAUUGGGCUAAUAAUUUUGAUGAUUUUUUUUCGACUGUGGUCAUUUUAUAUGAUGUUAUGUUAGUUAAUAACUGGGGAGUAUUUUUAAAUGCUCUUAGAGAAUUUUCUACAAGAUGGAGUCAAUUAUAUCUUGUUAGUUGGUGGUUUUUGUCGAAUGUUUAUAUAUUAGCACUUGUACUUGGUUUUAUUGUUGAAUUAUUUGCAUUGAAUGUUGCUCGUUUUGAAGAAAGUGGAUUUGCUCAAGGACAAAAUGGUUUAGCAAAUACAUAUUUUGUUAAAACACUUUUUCAUUUAUUUAAACGAAGUUUAAAAGAACCAUCCGAUGAAGAAAUAAAUAAAGCACUUACCAAGUAUAAACGAUUAUAUGAUAAUAGAAAAUGA